UCAGUACUCGAGGCGUGUGGAACGAGUGUUGGGGGUGUUUAUGCGGUUUCUUUUGUGAUGGCAACUAUACAAUCAAACAUAUUCUGGGAUAGGGAGGAUUUGUGAAUGAUCUGAAAUGAUCGAAAAGUGGGCACGCGUGAUCAGUUUGAAAAUGAAUGUAUUAUCGAUUAGUAAAAUACUGUCUUGCUGUGCGCACUUCCUCUUUGUUAUAAAUUUUAUUCACUUGAAUUCGAUGCCAGAUUAGAGACAAUUUCAUGCGGGUUGAUCAUCAGUUUGCUUAAAGUUGGACUGCUAACGAAUUACAAAUCGAAUACAUCUUGUGCAGUACAGACUCUUACUGAGACCACGGAACUGCAAUGCAAUAUGCCCUGGUAUUGUUUUCGAUCGUCAAAGAAAAAAAAGAAAUGUGAAAAUAAUCGAAAUCUGGAUCACCAGGAGCAUAAUUCUCUAUUAUGUGCUGGACAAAAUAAUGACGUGACUGCAAACGAGGAAACAUCAAGAAAAGGAGAACCUGUUCAAAGUAUUCUGGUCAAGAAUGGAAAAAGUAAAAAGCCUUUUUCUUGCUCAUUUGAACGAACAAGGAAAUAUAUCAGUGGAAAAACUAUUUCGGGACUAUCGACUUCAACUCUUCUCGAACAGUCAAACAACCAGGAGUUACUUAGCGAAAGUAAUGAGAAUAAUGAAAUUUUAUCCCAACGGAAUUAUAAGGGUAAAAUAUGCUCCCAAAAAUUAGACACGUCCAAUAUCCCUGCAAUUGAUGGCAAUUCGAAGAAAAGAGUAAUUGCUUCACAUUCAAAUAAUGUGAGAAAAGAGGACAAUUUACCGAGAAACUGUCGACAAGGGAGGUCUGACGAAACAAACAAUUCGCUUAAUAAUCGAGAAGAAAAUCCUAGCAACUAUGAUGAAAUUCUUUUCAACGAUUUUUCGGGAACUCUUCGAGCUAGUGAAAAUGAUGAAAAUAGAAGCAAAUUCACUUGUAACAACGACUUAGAAUUAGAAUCGAUUGUAUCUUCGCUUGGUCAAAACACUUCUUCCAUCAAUUCCCGUAGAACACGUAAUGAAACAUGGGCAGGAAACAAUGAAAAUUGUUUGAAUUUUAACGAAAAAAUGAAAGAAAGUAAUUUCCGCAAUGGUGAACCUCCAGAAAGGCGUUUCAAAUUAACGGAACACAAAUUCCGUCCGCAGCUGUUUUACGACGGAAAACGAUGCCAAUUAUGUCACGAUAUACUUACUAAAGAAAUCUCUGCAUUCAAAUGUCUGGAUUGUGAGCUGACCUGCCAUGGAAUAUGCUUGGAAUUGCUGCCUAACAUUCGAUAUCAGGACAUCUCAUUUGUGAUUUUUCGAAAAUGGCUUGAAAGCCAAGAAAAAUAUUGCUUUCCUACAUUGCACCGUUACCUUUGUCUAAAAAAAUCGGAUGAAUUUUCUACUGAAAAAUCACACAGCCUUACAGACAAAGAUUGUACACACAGGAAUAAUGAAAGAAAAGAUGAAAAGCAAGCUCCUGAUAGUGGAAGAUUACAGUCACAUCUGAUAAAUAAUGAAAUGCAAAGUCAAAAUAACAAUGAUAGAAACGGCUUAGAGAACCCUUUUAUCAAUGGAAUCAAUUUACGCAUAAAUGAAUCGAAUCGAAAUAGUACCAACAGCAACCAAAGUUCUAAAAAUGACGAAAUGGAAGAUCUCUCAACAAACAUAAUAGUAGACGUUCACCAUCAAUCUGACUGUGAAGUGCUUUUAAAUAACAAGGAUAUUGAGUCAAUAUGGAAUGAUACCAAAUAUUGUGUACCUGAUAAACUUGAAACUCAACCAAGAAAUAUAUAUGCUUGCGGUAAAUUGGUAAUUGAAGAAAUUGACCAAACAGCAUUGAAACAAACGAAAAAACACAACGAUUACGAUGUGGGAUUUGGACAACGUAAGAAUGUUCCGAAAUCACAGUCGUUUCCAAUGGCAUUUACAUUACGCAAUUCAGCCUCUGAUAAUUUACGUCUACAUUAUGUUACACAACGAAUUUUGGCUUCUAUUCUGCCGAAUCGGUCACCGAUUCAAGAGGAUGUGAAUGGAGAAAUGAGAAAUAAAUUUGAAAAGGAUGUGGUAUCAAUGUUAGAUCAAAAACACGGAAAGAAUUAUCGCAUUUUCGAUCUUGAAUCAUGUAUUCCGAUAAUCACAUUGGAAAGGAUAUGUGAGCUUUGUAAACACAUUGACUCAUGGCUAGAGGGUAACCCGGAAAAGGUUGUAGUCUUACAAGACCGAGAAGAUCGGCAACGACUAGGAAUCGCAAUAUCAGCUUAUUUAGUAUAUUUGGAUAUUUGUUCAUCUACCACUGCAGGCCGAAAUAGACAUUUGAAUGAUGAUGCUUGUGUCCAAAGCACAAUCGAAAAAAAUUGGUUAGAUUUGGAUAUUUUUUCGAUGAAAAGGUUUCUUGAGGAUUUUGUGGGCUCAUUGAAGAUACCAUCCCAUAAACGUUAUUUAAAAUACUUCGCUGGACUGUUAUCCGGAAAGAUUCGAAUGAAUUCCUCAUCAAUUCUUCUUAAACGUGUUAUUAUAGAGACACCACCAAUGUGGUUUCAAUACGAUAAAGGAUUAUCAGCGCAAUCGUCAGAAUGGAUUACAUUUAUAAAAAUUUAUGAAGGCUUACAAUGUGCCUAUACUUCCAAAAUUCAUAUUAUUCCUGUGACUACCAGACAAUUUGUGUUUGAAAUCGGGAAUUUACCAUUGAGAGGUGAUAUCAUGAUAAGGUGCUACCAGAUAAUACCUCAUACGAAUGGCGAUUGUGGUUACCUCCAAGGAACUCGAGAAAUUUUGUAUUCCUUGCAGUUUCACACUUGUGCAGUAACAGAGAAAGAUAUUUCUUUUGGACGCGAAGAUUUGGAUGUUAUUCGUGAUGAUUUCCCAAGUGAAUAUCGAAUCACGCUACAAACUAACUCCAAUAUUCCUGAGGAUAAUAUUAUGAUGAUCCAGAGUCCUCUUGUGAAGAUCAAAUCUUCUAAUGAAAUCACAAGAUAUGAUAGUGUAGAACAUUUUGAUUUACAUUCUUCAUGUCAUACACAAGGGCCCAUUGAUGGUUCGUUAUAUGCAACGAUAUCAAAAGCUACAAAGUCAUCGCAGACACCUUAUUCAGUUUCGACUUCUCCAAAGGAAUCCUCUGUACAAGAAGAACUUUACGACCAGUGCUUAUUAUCUCCACCAGCUCAAUUUAGUAGUCAAGAACGUCAAUAUAAUCACGCCGCGUCGAAUUUAUUCGAGAAGUCAUGUCCAACAGUUGACCCCUUAAACUGCGAAAUAGUUGAGCAAAGAAAAUGUUUACCUGAGACCAACAAUAAUAAGGAUCUAUGCAGCAGCAAACACAACUCUCGGUUAUUUGAUUCCUGCAUUGAAAUAAGAAGAUCUGAUUCACAGGGAGGUUAUUCGGCCGCUAACAGCAAGUUUACUAUACCAGUUAACCUAAAUCCAUCUGAAACUCGUGAUAUUACAAUCGUUGAAACUUAUAAUAGCGUACAAAAUGCAUCUAGUAAUGGAAAUGAUCAGCCAGGUAGUCAUGAGUAUGUGCAAAGCCCACUUACACUCUCUAUGGAUUCAGGAAUUUCAAGCAGUGGUGCAUUGAAUAGACCAUAUCGGGGAUCAAGUAUAUCGCCGUCAAGCCUCCCUAGUCAGGCAAGCCCUCAAGAGGACCGCCAUAGAGAACUUGAUGACAUUUUGUCUGACAUGCUUAUGACUGUCCAGGAUAUCCCAGAUUUCAGCAGGCCAGGGAACAAUCAGAAUCAAUAUCGAUCGCAUCCUAUGUUUCGUAGUCAAAGUGUAACACCAUCAUCGGGAAAUUACGCGGUUCUCUCUCAAAUCCAACCACAAUCUCAGUAUAACACUAUACGACGAUCCCAAUCAUAUAUAAUUGAACAAUCUCCUAUCCAAAAUUAUUCUACAUACGUUUCAAAGGAACGUCAGGACAUUUACGAUACAUCGAGUACUGCAACUACGCUGACGCCUCCACCUAGCGAAAGUGGCCGGGAUACCCCCAUCGCAACAUAUAGCAACUCGAGUAGUGUCGGGAACUUUGCCGCAUUGCAACAUCAGAAUUUUCAACGCGAAAAACGUGAAAUAGUCGUAGCACCGAUAUCUGAGCGGGAAUCGCAACAUUUUCGCGGAGAUCAACAGCAUCCGAUCAUGAGUUUACCAUCGCGCGGGCAGUCAUCUCAGAAAUCUUGUGAAGUUCGGUCGAACGUGGGUACCGCGCUUGUAUCUGAGGAGGAAAUCCCAUAUCACGCCCGGGAACAUUCGCAACCUUUUUCGUACGGUAACGUGCCGCCAACUAGUUUUCAUCCAGAAACGCAUUCGGAAGAUUGCACAAUGAUUAAAACACAAUCAGGGCUAUCAAGCCCUUCACUUGUACGGAGAACGCUCGGCCGGUCGCCUUCGCCGUCUCCUACACUCCGUAAAACUGCGCAGCGUGUCGACUUUGAAGAAAUGCUUCGAGAACGUCGCGAAAAAGUCAUGAACGAAAAAUACUCUAUAAGUGAGCGAUCUGACCUAAAUGUCCCUGACGUUAACUCACGAUCUUUCGGUAGUGAGUGGGCCGCCAGUUCGCAUUCCAAUCGACUUCAGAAUUCGUAUCCUCAGAGCCAGCCUGAGCGGCAAUCCUUCGAACCUAUUCGACGUUCGAACACCAUGGACGGAGGAUUUCAUCGCAGUAACAGCACAGAUGGAUUCCUUGGACAAACAUGGCUGCAAAUGCAGCAGCAAAAGUUAAGAGCAAAGAAGGACCAACAACAUCGCGAUGAUAGGCGCUAUUUUGAAGAAAUUAUACAUAGCGAGAUACGAAGCCGUCCUAUCAGGUCUCGCGCAAAUAUGGUUCGUUAUGAUGGCUAUUCGAGUGAUACAGCUGCUUUUAUGGAUGAAGUGGAUUUUCGCCAACCCUUACAAGUACAGACGCCUUACAAUCGGGACAGGCUGCAAGAUGAGAUUUAUAACAAAACAAUAAGUACAACGAAAUUAACGAAGGAGAGACCAUUUGUUGCUGUGAAGCGUGCACACGAGGAAGCUAAACAGAAGGCAGUGUUGUCACCGCCAUCAUCACCACUAACUAUGCUAGGUGCUGCUCCAAAUGGGCAUAUUCCGCAAUUAUACCAGGAACAGAGCGGACUUUUGACGAUGGGUAAUAAUCCAUCCAAUGGACAUGUGCGAUUGUUACGCGAGGAAUCGUUUUCAUCAUAUCGAUCAGAAACGGAACCUGACCAUUCGACAGGAGAAUCACCACGACCAGAAACUCCGGCGUUUCCUGUCACACCCCGUACACCGUAUGGAUUAAGUGGGAGCGGCAGCGUUAGUCCAGCUUUACCACCAAAAAGUCCAACUUCAUUGCGGCGAUUAUAUAAUUCAACGUGGUCGUUGAGGAGCCAAAAAUCGUCAAUUUCAUCCUAUGAUAUAAGCAAGGAUUUAUAUUCAGGACAUCAGAAGGGACAGUUGCAUGAGGUAGUUAAUCAAAAUGAAACUAUCUCCUGCUAUGCUUCUCGUCGGAAUUCAAAUGGAUCAAAUGCCAACAGCGAACCCCAGGAAGUGGCACCCCACCUUGUGAAAUUUGUUCGGGAUUCCUCAAAAUAUUGGUAUAAGCCAAAUAUUUCUCGUGAGGAUGCAGUGGCAUUAUUGAGAAAAGCUGAGCCAGGAACUUUCAUUGUUCGAGAUUCAACGACGUAUAAAAAUGCUUUCGGUCUAGUGCUGCGUGUAGCUUAUCCGCCGCCAGGAGUUGAAUUAAGGAGUGCGACUGGUGACGAAUUAGUUCGUCAUUUCUUAGUAGAGCCUACUUCUCGUGGAGUUAGGUUAAAAGGGUGCAACAAUGAGCCUGUUUUUUCAUCACUGUCAGCAUUAGUUUAUCAGCAUUCAAUAAUGCCUCUGGCACUACCAUGUCGUUUAAUUAUUCCGGAACAGGAUAUUCAAUCACAACAAUUACAUUCUCCAGCGCAACGCCAUUUACUUGCUUUAGGUGCAGCAUGCAAUGUUCUAUAUUUGCUAACGUGUGAUACGGAGUCGUUAACAGGGGAGGAAGCCAUUCGUAAGGCUGUCUCCCAGUUAUUUGCAUGCAAACCCUUGCCUAUUCCGACCGAAGUUCACUUCAAAGCAGCUCAACAAGGGAUUACUUUAACUGAUAAUACAAGGCAAAAAUUUUUCAGGAAACACUAUCCUGCCAAUAGUGUAUCAUUCUGUGGAUUAGAUCCAGAGAAACGGACUUGGAGUAUACCAGCUCCUGGAAGUGAAGUUCCUGUCAUAAAUAAAACGAUUUUUGCCUUUGUCGCUCGGCGUACAACAUCAUCGAAGGAUAAUCAGUGUCACGUGUUUUGUGACUUACAAUCCAAUCAACCUGCCUUGGCCAUUGCAGCAUUUGUUAACAAGGUGUUACCGACGGAUAAGCAAGUUAACCACAAUAUUUAGAUGUGUUAAAUCAAAAUGUCCUUAUAUGCAAUUGGCUGCUAUUCACGAAUCGCCAUUUUCUUAAAGCUAUUCACUUUUACUUAUCAGCUUUAGAUAUGUGCCUUGAAUAUAGUGCUCCAGGUAUUUCUGGCAGAUUCACUUCUAUUUCUUUUAUAUUUUAUACGAAAAUCACUUCAGAAUCGAAACAAAAUGGAUUCAGAAUUAUAGAAAAAAUAAAGAUAAGGUAACGUGAGUCGUAAUUGAAACUA